AGACCAGCCCGGCCCCGGGAGCCGCCGCCUCCCUGGAAACUUUCUCCCCGCGGCCGGGCCCGCCCGGGCAGGAGGGACCCGCCAUGGACUCGGGCAGCGAGACCCACGAGCUGAACGGGCAGGCGGAGGGCGCGGAGCCGGCGGCUGCCGAGAGGCACAGAAGGUUGCAGUUCUUUCAAAGGAACGGGCCCCUCAACAUCAACCACUACGCCAACAAGAAGAGCGCGGCUGAGAGCAUGUUGGACAUCGCCCUGCUCAUGGCCAACGCGUCCCAGCUGAAAGCUGUGAUGGAGCAAGGACCCUCUUUCAACUUCUACAUCCCCCUCAUCGUUCUCAUCAGCCUGUCACUCACACUGCAAAUUAUGGUGGGAGUGCUCCUGAUAUUCCUUGUAAAAUAUGACCUUAACAACCCUGCAAAACAUGGAAAGCUGGAUUUCCUCAACAACCUUGCAACUGGACUAGUAUUCAUUAUAGUAGUUGUGAAUAUUUUUAUCACUGCCUUUGGAGUGCAGAAACCAAUUGCUGAUUCAGCACCAAAACAAUAAGUACCAGAGACCUGGAGCAUUCAUUCCAGAUGCCAUUUGCACUUGAGCCAGUUACACCUGGACACAGUGGGGAAGACAGAAUUAUCUGAAGGAGCUGGACACACUGAGCAGCCUUCUCAAGUUUCCAACAACCAAUACAUUUGUGUACCUAAAAUUUUCCCUUCUGUUAAUAUUUAAACUGUUUGGAAUCUAGGAAAAGGUUGAUUUUGCCCCAAGGACAGUGCUUUUCUGCAAUAUUGGCAUUUCAAUCUCCGUAGGAACUCAGUUCUUUUUCAGAGAAGUGACAUAAGCUCAUCGAGCAAGGAAAUAUCAUCUGGUAGCACUUCACAGGACUUUUCUUUUUAUGUGCCUUUGGUUUUUGUGGCAAUUUGUCAUUUCCACCAUGGUAAGAAAAGUCAGGCCUUGGAUUCUGGCAUGGCCACAUUGUCCUUUAUUUCACAGCUUGGCACCAAGCCCAUGUACUCUGUAGCCCAGCUCUUUCUUUGCAGAGUGCAAAGGUAACUGUGCCUCAUUUUCCUUUUUUAUUCUACUCUAGCUAAAAAAAAGACGAGACAAACAGAAACAGUCAGCUCUCUUUUGUCCAGUUUUGCUCACAGGUACUCAUUUGUCUUGUUUCUUCAUCUCUGGACACACUUAAAGUUUCCUGUCCUUCGUGCACAGACACACAAAUAACCUAAUUGUUAAUAGUUUCUUACUAUGAACUGCUAUUCCCUGUAUUCUGUGCAUUGUAUGUAUUUCAUGGAAUCACAGAAUGGUUUGGGGUGGGUGGGACCUUGAAGAUUAUGUUGUUCCACCCCCUGCCAUGGGCAGGGACACCUUCCACUAGCCCAGGUUGCUCC